CGGGCGCCGUAUAAAGGUCGGCCAAUCCCAUCGAGCAGUUUCUCUCGCUUGCUCUGCCAUGGCGCCCUCAUCCCUCGCCACCCAACAGCUCGCCCGAGAGGUCUCACACGCGGUAUCACAGUCUGGCUCCGUAUACCAUGCAUGGCGGACACUCCGCGCGCGAGACGACGGCUUCGAUAACAUCGACCUCGACGAUGAUGGCCAUCCCGAGAGCCACACUGAGACCGUAGUUGUGAUCGUCUGCGCGCUACUCGGGAGUAUGCUCGUCGUGCUCUUGCUACUGGCGUUCUGCUCAUGCCUCUUUCGUCGGUGGCAUGAAUCGCGUCGGCGUGCAAGGCUGGAUCAAGCAGAGGCAGAAACGGCGCAAACGGGAGGCUUCCUAUUGCCCGCCACCGCCGCAAACCUUGCGCGUCCACCGGCAACCCAUCCCCGCGCAACGGCCUCUACCAUCUCAAGCGGCACCACGCUUCGCCAUCAUGGGUCCCAGACGGCCUCCACGGAAGCCGGACAUAGCGUGACGGCGCCCUCGCCGAUGUUCAAGGAUAACAAGACGAUUUACGAGCAUCAUGAAUACGCUGUGUAGCGCGCUUUGCCGGUGGAGUUAUCAUGAUCACUCAGAUUUCCCCCGUAGUCUAUCACGCCUCUACUAAUGCCUAGUACGAAGUACGUCGCCAUGUAAUGAGUACGACCCUUACCGUGAAUGCAUCCG